AUGGUACUUCAUAAUUUGGUGGAUAAUGUACAAAUGGAAUAUAUUACAUACUAUAUGUAUGCAUUAAAGAAAUGUCCAAUAUUAACAAUAAAAGAAAUUGAUGAGGUCAUUGAAAGGGUCAAUCAAAAUGUCGCCAUUGCAACGAUGAAAUCACAUGAUAGUAAGUAA